UAAAACUUUACCCAACAACAAGAGGUCAGUGAUAAAUCCAGAGAUAGAAGGACGAAAUCACUAGGAAAUGUCGCCUUUAUCAAAUAUUUGAAAAUGGCAGAGGCAAAAUAUAGCAUAGGGCAUUCAAGAAAACCAAAGGGAAAGAUUGGAGUCGGUGGACAACCAGUUCAUAGCUGGGAUAACGAUAUUGAACUUCAACCUACUAGUUCUCUUGGAUCAGCUACUUCAGCUCAAAAUACGAGUUAUAAUGGAAAAGAUUCCAGCCGGCAUGUGGUUGCACAAACGUGGCUUGGUGGUAGCAAAGAGGCAUUCAACCCUUCAAGGAAGAAAGACAAAGAUUCUUCCUUUGCUACGGCUAAUUUUCUCUCGAAUAAAAAUGCUCCAAUAAAGGUCACUGUGACUGGUGAAUGGGCUUUACAAGAGUGUGAGGAAUUUACAAACUGGACCAACUUGUUGAUGAGAAGAGGCCGUUAUCGACCUGUUUCUGAUAUUCGUAGAUCCGUUGGUGAUGGAGUAACUCUGGUUCAUAUGCUGGAAAUACUCU